UAUUACCCCUUAUCUUUUGAAGGACUUUAACAUUACUGGAACUCGUUCGGUUGGUUGGUGCGGUGAGUGACGCAGUUGCGCGUGCGCCGCCGGCGUGAUAGGUGGUCGGUUCCUUUCGACACCAAUUGACGUUUAUUGAUAAUGUGAUUACAAUUGGCGCUCAUUAUAGAGGUCAGCGUAGCCUCAGCGCAACUAGUCUACAAAAUGGAGUGUUAUACAUCGGAUAGUUGUGAUAGUGAUAGCAGAGAACAAAAAACACUUGAUCUAUCUUACCAGUCAUUAGACUCUAACGCCUUAUCUUCUGAACUAAAAGGCAUUGUUAAUGAAAAGGACUGCGCGAAAAAUUAUGAGAUAAUUCUGCUGUACAACAAUAGAAUAAGGAUACUGCCUGAUACCAUAAACAGGUUUUGCAACUUAAAGAUAUUGGAUGUAAGCAAUAACAGACUUACAGUACUACCUGAUGUGCUCAAGAACUGCCCUCUCACAACACUGAUUGCAAAACACAAUCAGCUGACCAAUGAUUCGUUACCAAAGUGUUUUUAUUCGGCUAAGACUACACUCAGAGAACUUAAUUUAUGUGGCAAUCAACUGACAGCCUUCCCAGAGCAAGUAUUGGAGAUGAAUUCUAUUAAAUAUCUUUAUUUGGGUGGUAACCGUAUAGUCAAUAUACCAAAGGACAUAUGGAAACUUAGCAGCUUACAGAUUUUAUCAAUGGGUGGGAACCAAAUCACGGAGGUACCUGAGUCUGUGGGUCGGUUAGUGGGCUUGCAGGCAUUAAUUUUAAGCGACAACCUCAUAGAACAGCUGCCGGCCAACAUAGCCAACUUGAAACAGCUACGUUCUUUACUACUACACAAAAAUCGCCUGAAGACUCUACCUACGCAAAUAAUAAAACUAACAUGUCUUACAGAGCUCAGUUUACGCGAAAAUCCACUGGUUUCGCGUUUCAUUCGCGACAUGACAUUGGAACCACCGUCCCUUCUAGAACUGGCUGGUCGGACUAUCAAACUGCAUGAGAUACCAAUUCAAAUGGGAGAUGUACCAACCACUUUGAUCGACUAUCUUAACGCAGCUCAAUGUUGUGUAAACCCAAAGUGUAGAGGUGUUUAUUUCGACAACCGCGUGGAGCAUAUCAAAUUUGUUGAUUUUUGUGGUAAAUAUAGGAUACCACUUUUACAAUAUCUUUGUAGUUCAAAAUGUAUCACUGGCAGUUGGGAGAGUCGUGAAAUGGACAGCAAUGCUCAUCCCCACAUGAUGAGGAAGGUUCUACUAGGAUAAAACCAAUAAAUUCUAUUUCUGUAUUUAUUUAUCCAUAGUUUAAGUUUAUAAUGAAUAUCAUUUUUAUCCUUUGAAAAUGUUAGAUUUUUGUAUAUCUGUUUUGUUACAAAUUGCUAUUGUUGUGGUUGAAAAUUUUAGUUAUAUUCUGCCUUAUUAUGGUCAUUAGUUUUUAAUUUACAUAAAUAAAAGAGAAUGAUGUUUUAUACUUUGUUUUUUUAUUUAUAAUGAAUUUCUAUAUCUAAAUUUUAUUAUUGAUGUUAAUUGACUUCUUGUAAUAACUUCAUCCUCUCAGCUUUGCCUCUUAGAAUAGCUUCUUUGAAUAAUUUGCAAUAUAAUUCUAUAGCUACAGGUGUAUCAUCAUUUCCUGGCACUGGAUAAGUAAUCAAGUUGGGAUUGCAAUUUGAAUCUACAAUACCAAUUGUAGGAAUUAGCAUUUUUGCACUGUCUCGAACUGCUGUAUGUUGAUUGAGGAUAUUAUUCUGUGUGUUCAGAAAUAUACACAGAUCUGGAAGUCUUGUGACAGCACCAAACUGAUAAUUAGCAUUUGUAAAUAUGCCUCCUCGCCAAAACCUUGUAUGAGCAUAUUCCCCACAUUCUUUGGCAGUUCUUUCUACUUUAUGAGAAUUCAUAGCAUUUCUGUUGAAGAAACAAAUUAUACCACCUCUAUAAGCAAUAUGCGCAGCAAAAUUAAGUGCUUUUCGUAAAUGUUCUGCUGUAAUAUCCAAGUCAAAUAUUAAAUGACCAAGUCUUGACCCAUAAAGAUAAGGCCUCAUAUAAUCAUUUAGUGACCCCUCUUUGUGGCCAUAGUGAACACGAGCAUCAAAUAAAUCUUUCACAGUAAACAAAUUAUGAACUUGAAAAUAGUCAGGAUGUUCCAAGGGAUUCACUGGUAAUUUUACAUCUGCAAGAAAUAAAUAAGUUUUUUAUUUAAUAGUCAGGAAUACUCACUUAGGAUAUUAAAUUUGAUUUUAAAAAGAAAUUUUAGUUUUAAGAUCUUAUUUUUCAAUUUUA